AUGGUGAAGCAGGAAAACAGUGAUAAGGCUGAAGCAGUUGCUCAUCCACUCUUGCAGGACCUCAAGUCCUCGGAAGGUCAAAAUUCAUCAUCAUCAGAAAAAGGCGCUUCAUUUUCUGGGGCUAUCUUCAACAUCUCAACCACAAUGAUUGGAGCUGGGAUCAUGUCAAUUCCAGCAACCAUCAAGGUCCUAGGCAUAGUUCCUGGGUUCAUUCUCAUAUUGUUGGUGGCCUUGGUUGUGGAGGUCACAGUGGAGUUCUUGCUCAGGUACACAAACUCAGGCGAGUCUUCUACCUAUGCUGGCAUGGUGAGUGAGUCUUUUGGACCCUGGGGUUCCAUUUCUGUGCAAAUUUGUGUCAUCAUCACCAACCUUGGCUGCCUCAUCAUUUAUUUCAUUAUCAUUGGGGAUGUUCUAUGUGGAAGUCAGUCCGGAGGAACCUUGCACUUGGGUAUUUUACAAGAAUGGUUUGGCAUCCACUGGUGGAAUUCUCGUGCUUAUGCGCUUCUCUUUGUUGCACUCUUUGUUAUGCUUCCAUUAGUCUUGUUACGCCGAGUAGAUUCACUAAGGCACACUUCAGCAGUGUCCAUUCUGCUAGCAGUGGUUUUUGUUGUCAUAUGUUCUGCAAUGGCAAUUUACGCAUUGUGCAAAGGGAAGACUCAGAAACCGAGACUAUUUCCGGAUUUUGCACAUCAAGUCUCAGUAUUUGAUCUUUUCACCACCAUCCCAAUUCUUGUGACAGGUUUUGGAUUCCAUGUCAAUGUUCAUCCAAUUAGAGCAGAGCUUGGUAAACCUUCUGAUAUGAGAUCAGCUGCUCGGAUUUCUCUUGUGAUCAGCAUCAUCAUUUACUUUUCUAUCGGUUUCUUUGGUUACCUAUUGUUUGGCGAUUCGGUAAUGGAUGACAUACUAGUAAACUUUGAUCAAAGUUCUGAUUCCACAAUUGGGCAGAUAAUCAAUGACAUUGUUCGACUGAGCUAUGCAGUUCACCUCUUGUUUGUGUUUCCUAUUAUGAACUUUUCCUUAAGGGCCAACAUAGAUGAACUGCUUUUCCCAAAUAACCCUAUUUUGGCCCAAAGCACCUCAAGAUUUCUGUCCCUCACUUUUGUGCUGCUCUCCUUUACAUACAUUGUGGCAAUAGCUAUCCCAAGCAUAUGGUACUUCUUUCAGUUCAUGGGAUCCACUACCAUAGUUUGCCUCUCAUUUAUAUUCCCAGCUGCUCUCAUUCUUAGGGAUGGGCAUGGUAUAUCAACAAGAAGGGACAAGAUAAUUGCAAUAUUGGUGAUCAUUUUGGCUGUGGUGACAAGCUCAAUUGCAAUUUCUACCACUCUGUACAAUUCAGCUCAAAGCUAG